AAAAAUAUUGUUAUUCUCUGGCUUUCGUGUGGCGAUAGGAAGACGGAAGACCCAACCAACCCCAAAUUCUCUCUCUACCUCUUUCGCGUAUUGUUCCGACCAACCAAAUAGAAUUCUACACGAUCCACAAAACAACAGAUUCCACCCUGACGCGUAUUAUCUCCUCCCCAACCCCCUUCUUUCUUGCCGCGACGGCGCCUCUCUGCUGUACCUAAGAGCUCCGCCGGCAAAGCCGUGACAUUCCUGCGAACCGACGGCCAAGAUGGUGUCCCCCUUCGAUAGCUCCAACUGGGUAUUCGAUAACGACUUGAUUAAUGACCUCCCCGUCCCUCUCGGCGGCGAGCUUCCUUCCCUCGACCCUUCGGCUCCUAUUUGGUCGGCCCAUCCUUCUUACCCUGAUUCCGCUCCCGUGAGAUACAGCGUUCCAUUCAAUGUCCCGUUGGAGAACUCCGAUUGUGUUAAGGAAAGUGGGUCUAGGAAAAGGGCGAGAGAUGAAUCGAGCAAUGCUCCAGCUCCUCCUAGGUCGAAAGCAUGUAGAGAGAAAAUGAGAAGAGACAGGCUGAAUGACAGGUUCAUGGAACUGAGCGCGAUUCUCGAGCCAGGAAAGCCACCAAAGGUGGACAAAUCAGCCAUCUUAGUUGACGCAGCUCGAAUGGUGACUCAGCUGAGAGGUGAAGCUGUUAAGCUCAAGGAGUCGAAUGAGAGCCUUCAAGAGAAAAUCACUGAAUUGAAGGCAGAGAAGAAUGAGCUGAGAGAUGAGAAGCAGAGGCUGAAGACAGAGAAGGAGCAGCUCGAAAGUCAAGUGAAGGCGAUUAGUACACCACCAGCGGGAUAUCUGCCUCAUCCUCAUCCUAUGGCUGCAGCUGCAUUUGCUGCUGCAGCGCCUGGUCCAAUGGGAGGCAAAUUCAUGCCAUAUGUUGGGUAUCCUCAAGUCUCAAUGUGGCAGUUCAUGCCUCCUGCAGCUGUUGAUACGUCCCAGGAUCAUUCCAUUCGUCCUCCGGUUGCUUAAGCUAAAGCUUUCAGGCAAGGCUCUAUUACUGACUUCAUUGGGCACGGGACACCAAUGGCAACACCCUUGGUUGAUGUUUGUUUAUAGUCAUUCUUUAUAGGUAUGGUUCUUGUGAUUAUCUGAGUCGUUUUAAAUCGUAAGAGUUAAAACUGCAUCAAUGCGGAACUGACUUGUUAAUCCGUGUUUGGUACCCUCUCUUCACAAAUUUUGGCUUAUCAUUGCUACAAAAAGUUCUUGAGUGUGAUUCAUAUGCUUAGUAAGCUGAGACCUCUUUGACAAUGAGCAUUGAUGACCAAGUCAAAAAGUUUUUGACUUACCAUAUGCUAAGGGCUUAAAUAUGAAAUCAGAAUCCGGUUUGCACGGAAAAUUUUGUUUCUUUUCAACAGGGAGGUUUGAAUCCCAUGUAGUUCCCAGCCUGGUAAUCUCUCCAAACUUGGAGAGCUCCAUAGCUGGUCAUCAAAACUGUACUCAAUGCCAUGACAAUGGCAACUGAGAAUACUAUCAGUGAAGCUCUUCCAUACUUUUCGAUGGCUCUGUGCACGACCAGCAAUCCGAGAAGUGAUGCCACAAAGCAUGUAGCUGAAAGGAUGAUGGCUGUGUUGAUGUGCUCCAUCCCCAGCAGUAGGUACUGGAAAGCAGACAUGCUCGAGGAGAAGAACACCAUGAAGGAGCAGGUUGAAGCGCGAACCUCGGCUGCGAUUCCAACUUGGAGAAGCAGCGGACUGAUCAACAUGCCACCUCCAAUGCCAAACACUCCUCCGAGGAUCCCUGCGAGCAGCGCCAUUAUCGGGAAGAUGAUCCUGUUAGUGGCGGCUCUGCUUAUUCUGGCUGAAACUUGCAGAUUCUCAUCGUCGUUGGUUGGCUGAUGAUGUUCAUGUUCGUGGGUCUUGCUUCUCAUCAGGAUCCAUGCCGUGAAAAGUAUUGCUAGCGGGAUUUGGAGCGAUGAGAGUGCCCAGUAUUCAAAUCCGCAUGGUUUCACUUCGAUCAGACCCUGCAGAUAUUGCAUUAAGAAAGGAUGAACCUUCUUUUUCAGUGCUAGUAGCCUAGUAGUUCACUUAGCUACCAUCCAACCUAACAAACAUUAUUAAUCAAUCACCUAACUACAUCUUCAUGACACCUUUUUUAGCAAUAUAAUUAAUUUGAGUUUCAAUUGGUCAACUACAAUCAACGUCUAAGGUGCUAAUUCUCUUUGUCAUCGAGAGACAGUACUUCUACUAAUCCUAUAUUUGUCAUCUAUUAGAUGUGCAUGCUAUAGUGAGAUUGAUGGAGGAGGAAAGACCAGAAAAGCUCAAAGAACAAGAAGGAAAGGGUAAUGUUACCUCCCCAUGGCGGUUCCCGCGAAGAAGAUAGAGGGAAGAGAAUGAAAUCCACACAACCACCAAAACCCCCAAUUUUAUCCACGGAAAUCCGCCGCCGCCAUCCUUCUCCUCAUUCACCAGGAGCGGCUGUCUUCCACCUUCUUCUCCUCCACCGCCGCCGCUCUUGUCGUCGCCAGUGCCCAAUUCCCCACCACAACUCCUCCCCUCUGUUUCCAGGUUCCAAAGCUUCAUCCCGUUCCGGCAAGUUUUCAAAGUCGACCAAACCAGAAACCCGACGAACAUCACCGUAAUCAGCCACUCGGGAAACACCACGUUCCAAAUUACCCCGACGCUCACUCCCAAUAACAUCAUCGGCUCCGACAGCAGCGCAAUGUCGAAGUCAAUUCCUCCUCCCGUGCCUCUUCCUCCUGCUCCCCUGCCGCCGCCGGCGGCAAAUUUCCUGAUGAAGCAACAUGCGACGUUGGCGACGGAGCCGCCGGCGACCAUGAAAGCGGAGAGGGCGGAAGCGGUGGUGAGGUCGAACCCAGCGACGAUGGUCAGCACCGGAAUGAACAGACCGCCGCCGCCGAUCCCGCCGGCGCUGGAGAUCGAUGCGGCCAAGAAACAGAGCAUCGCCGCGGCCACCAUUGAUGGGAUACUGGGGAUCUCAUUGUCAUCGGGUCGAGACGGGUCUGUGGAGUUGGCAAAU